UAUUUAAGUGUAAAAUAUUUGGAUACCGGGCUUUCUUUUAUAAAUUUUAACAAUUCUUUCUGUAACUUACAGACUGAAGUGAAUAUUUUGCUGAAUUAUUUGCAGUCAUAUAGAGGGGUCGAUAAUAUGAGAGUACGAUGGCUGUAGUGAAGUGGACCUAGACACAGUGUAUGCUUUGUAUCACAAAAAUAUACGGAAGAAAGUUAUUAGAGAGGAAGAUGGACGACACAUCAAAUGACUGGCAAUCCGGGAAGAGCCUAGCUGAAACAAAUCUGUAUAUGUUAGAUAAUGGACUCGGCAGUGAUAUUACAUUUUUCGUUGGAAACAAGGGGGAGCGGGUUCUGGCACACAAGUUCAUGCUGACGAGUAGAAGUCAAGUUUUCUAUGCAAUGUUUUAUGGACAACUAGCAGAGACAGGUCAAGGGGUUAUUAUUCCCGAUAUAGAGGCUGAAGUCAUGAAAACAUUUCUCAGGUUUCUAUAUACAGAAGAGGUUGACAUAACCCCUGACACAGUAAUGGCGCUCAUGUACACAGCCAAGAAGUAUGCUGUCCAAAUAUUAGUAGACAAAUGUCGGGAUUAUCUUGAAACAGAGAUAAACAAUGACAACGUCUGCACUAUCUUAGAACAAGCACACCUAUUUGAUGAACAGAAUCUUCGUAAUAAUUGUUUCACGACAAUUUUCUCUAACAGCACGGAUGUGUUGAAAAGUCCACUGAAGGAUUAUCAGAAUUUGUGCUAUACGUGCUUUAAGGAAUUACUGCAGUCUGACAAACUGAGAGCGAGAGAAGAAACUAUAUUCAUGGCUUGUCUGAAUUGGGCAGAAGAGCAAUGUCGCUUGAAAGACAUUGAUACAAGUGACACAAACUUGCGAGAUUUGCUCGGUGAUAUGUUAUUCCUUAUACGAUUUCCCAAUAUGGAUCAAAGAGCAUUUACAGAACUUGUUUCGAAUAGGAAAUUGUUAACAACUGAUGAAAAACUAGCUGUAUAUCAGCAGUUCAACAGAUCACCGCGUGAUGGAGAUGUGACUUUGAUGGGAUUCAGAUUUUCUUCAAAGCCUCGAAACUCUACUGAGAUAUUCCGUGCAAGCCGUUUCAAAGACGUGUUUGGUGGAAUGAUUGAUUUCUGGGACAAUGAUAAUGACUGUGAUGCUAUAUCAUUCAGCGCAUCUCGAGAUAUAAAUCUUUUUGGCGUAUCAAUAUAUCGUCCAUUCCCGGAUGGAAUAAUUCGAGGAUGUGUAAAGCUUUAUGACGAAACCAACUGGUGCAUGACAAAACUUUAUAAUCUAGAAAUCCUGUGCAUUGAUGGGGAUGAAACAACUGUAGAUAAAAAAUUCAAAGGAAGCGUGAAAAUCCACCAGAAUAGAUGGUACACUGUUACACAACAAAUGCAAGGUUCGAAAUCAUUUUAUGGUAUGAAUGGUCAGAAGCAAGUCCAAGGGAAAGGUGUGGUUAUUACCUUCAGACGGAGUCCAAUGGACAAAAACAAAACCAAUGUUGAGUCAGGUCAAAUACCUGCUCUGCUGUAUUCAUAGAGUACAUUUAGCUGUAUUCCGACUAAUCUGGUGAAGAGCAAUUUUGUGAAGGACGCAUAGGACAAUUGUGUCAUUUGUUGAGAUAUCACUCAAAAAGACAUCAAGACUUUCAGAUUGAACGAUUAUGCGUUUAAUUUGAUUGUAAUUGUAACUGGUGAACCAGCCUAUUUAAAUUUGAAUAUUGAUAAAAAGAUCAAAACGGAAAACUAGAACUAGGUUCAAACAUUAUGAAAGAACAGUGAAUAAACUAUAAGGAGUAUUUUAGUAGAGUCCAUUAUAAUAUUUUGAAAUUUUCUUGAAUUUUUUUCAACACCAGUUCUCGAAUGUUACAUUCGAUUUAUACUUAUGUUUGGAAAGAAAACAUAAUCUAAUUUCGGUUAUGUUUAAACAAGACAUCCAUAAAACGGGAAAAUAUAGGCCCGAAGUUCGAGAUCUGGAGGAUGCUCUAUAAAUCAUACGAGCACAGACUUCAGACCAACUUUUGUUACUGAUGCAUCAUUACAUUAAAUAUAGUCUAACUCUGA